AGUGCUCCCUAUCUGGCAGUCCACAACCGGAACCGUGGCUGGAAGCAGUCCGAUCACAAGUGGGCGGAUUUCCAGUUGUGGUACGAUGUGCACGAGAAAAACCGCAAGGUAUACUACGCACUGAACGAGAAUUCCGGCAGUGGUUCAGGCGUAAUUCCACUAUCCAUCACUGUGGUGAAUACGUGGUUCAAGAAUAUGUUGAAGACGGGUUACGAGUUCACAGCCUUAUGUACCGCUAGAGGGAGGACUGCGUGUAUUGCUUCCGUGGAGACCCACCGGACGAUACUUGAAUGCAUUCAAAGUCAGCUGCCAUACGCCAUCCAGCUGUUCAGCGUGGAGCAGACACGAGAUCAUCUACCCGGUGUGGAGUCAUUUGUUAGCCAGGUAAUCAAAGCCACCUUCACUAAAGGCUACACGGGUGCUAUUUUCAUCAAAGGAUUUUACAAGGACCACAACGACAUUUUCUUCCUUGGUUUCGGGCUUGAGCCGGAGUCGGAAACGCUCCGCACAUUGAUGUCCAUAUCACGGUCGCUGACGCCAUGGGAGACGAUGGUAAUCGAGAGCCACUAUGACACUAAUGAUAGCUUA